GUCUUCGUGCGGUACAACCUGGGGCCCGGAGUGGCCGUGGAGCUGCAGGACUCCUCCAGCGUGGCUGAGCUGAAGGAGGUGGUGGGCAGUCAGCAGGGAGUCCAUCCCGAGGAGCUCAGAGUCCUGUUUGCUGGCAGGGAGCUGCAAAGCGCCGCCUCCCUGCAGGGUUGUGACCUUCCAGAGCAGAGUACAGUCCACGUGGUCUUACCUACGUCAGGCUCCGCCUCUUCUCAGCUCCACGUCAUGCAGGAGCGACCGUCUUGGAGCAGAGAGGACGUACAGGACAGAUUGACCAGACUAGACCUGAGCUCCUCAAGGCUCCCGGACAUCUCUUCAGGGCUUGCUGUUAUCCUGGAGGGGAAUGAAGGAGGAAAAGGAGCAGCAGGAGAAGGUGCAGGCGGAGGAUCAGAAGGAGAUGCAGCAGGAGGCACUAAUGGGAGAACUCAGACAGGAGAACAGAAAAUUGCAGUUCAAAAAGGUGUGCCAUCUUGCAGUACUUUCUUUGUGUACUGUAAAUGCUGCUGUUCCAUCCAGCCAGGGAAGCUUCGUGUUCGCUGUCAGAGCUGCAGACAGACCACGCUGACACUCAGCAGGGGUCCGUCCUGCUGGGAUGACGUCCUCCUACCUGGAAGAAUUUGCGGCAUCUGUCAGAGUGAUUGUUGCCAGGGUAACAAAGCGGAGUUCUACAUGAAGUGUGCAUCUCAUCCGACUUCAGAGGACGACGUCUCUGUGACCCUUGACCUCAUUGUGACAAACAUCAGAAGCGUGCCGUGCAUCGGCUGCGCUGACGUUAUGGAUGUCGUCCUAGUCUUCCAGUGUCGAGAGCGCCACGUGAUCUGUCUGGACUGUUUUCAUCGUUACUGUCAGACUCGUCUUAAUGAACGGCAGUUUGUUUACCACCCUGUGAUUGGAUACUCACUACCUUGUGCAGUUGGCUGUGACGACUCACUGAUCAAGGAGUUGCAUCAUUUCAGGAUUCUGGGAGAUGAACAGUAUGAACGGUACCAGCGGUACGGAGCGGAGGAAUGUCUGCUGACCAUCGGAGGCCUGAUGUGUCCGUCACCAGGCUGCGGGGCGGGACUACUGCCACCUGAAGACGGCAGGAAGGUAGAGUGUGACCAACGGCUGGGCUGCGGCUUUGUCUUCUGCAGGGACUGCAGGGGAGGAUACCACGAGGGGACGUGUGAGGUGAUGCCAGCUCUGCCCACAGAUGACACGUCACAGGGUUUUGUGGUGAGAGAAGGGGCAUCUCAGAGAGGGCGGUGGGAUCAAGCGUCUCUGCUCCUGAUACAGGAGUCCACCAAACAGUGCCCUUGUUGUUCAGUCCCUGUUGAGAGAAACGGUGGAUGCAUGCACAUGCGGUGUUCUCUCUGCAGAACCGAGUGGUGUUGGCUCUGUGGUGUCGCCUGGAACAGAGACUGUAUGAGUAACCACUGGUUUGGAUAA